UCUGCUUUACUGUGCUCCGCUGUGAUAUGCGGCAAGGAGAACCAUGUCCGGGGUGCGAGGCCGGUAUCCAAACGAGCGCCGCUACAAAGGUCGGGUGAGGGGCUGCGGGAGGCGCCGGGGCUGCCGAGGAUGAAGGCGAGGCUCUUCGCUGGGCCCGCCGCGGUGUUCGGCGUCGCGUUGGUGGUCCGCGUCGCCCUGGUCUUCUACGGUCUCUACCAGGACCGGACCCUGGUGGUGAAGUUCACGGACAUCGACUACCGGGUGUUCACGGACGCGGCGCGCUUGGUGACGGAGGGCCGCUCCCCCUACCAGAGAGCCACGUACCGCUACACGCCGCUGCUGGCCUGGCUCCUCACGCCCAACGUCUGGCUCAGCGAGCUCUUCGGCAAGUUUCUCUUCGUCAGCUGCGACCUGCUCGCUGGCUUCCUAAUGCUCCGUCUGCUGCUCCUCGCCGGCCUGAGCCCUCGCCAGGCCUGCCGCUCCUGCGCCUGGUGGCUGCUCAACCCGCUGCCCCUGGUGGUGUCCAGCCGGGGCAACGCCGAGUCGGUCAUCGCCGCCCUGGUGCUGACCGCCCUGUACCUCUUGGAGCGGAGGCGCGUGGCCUGGGCUGCGGCGGUCUACGGGCUGGCGGUGCACAUGAAAGUGUACCCGGGCACCUACAUCCUUCCCAUAGCCCUGUCUCUGCAGAUUGCGCCCGACCGGGCCGAGGAAGACAGCUCCCAGAAGAGCCUCCGGACCCGGCUCUGGGCGCUGGCUCGGAGGCUCUGGAAUCGGGAUGUGCUGCUCUUUGCAGGGGUGGCCGGACUCACGUUUUUAGCGCUGGCCUUAGGGUUUUAUUACAAAUACGGCUGGGAGUUUUUGGAGCACACUUAUCUCUACCACCUGACCAGACGUGACAUCCGGCACAAUUUUUCCCCUUACUUCUACAUGCUCUAUCUGACGGCAGAAAGCAAAUGGAGUUUUUCACUGGGACUGGCGGCGUUUCUUCCGCAGUUGUUGUUACUUGUGGUUGUAUCUUUUGCUUACUAUAGGGACCUUCCCUUCUGUUGUUUCCUUCACACUGCCAUUUUUGUGAGUUUUAAUAAGGUCUGCACUUCCCAGUAUUUUUUAUGGUACCUCUGCUUACUACCUCUUGUGAUGCCACAAAUAAGGAUGUCCUGGAAGAGAGCUGUGCUCCUCCUUGGGCUGUGGUUUAUGGGACAGGCCUUAUGGCUGGCUCCUGCAUAUUUCCUUGAGUUCCAAGGGAAAAACACCUUUCUGCUCAUUUGGUUAGCUGGUUUACUCUUUCUUUUUAUUAACUGUUAUAUACUGGUUCAGAUUAUUUCUCAUUAUCACUUGAGACAUUUGGCCAACAAAAUCAAAUCCCAGUAAUGGGUAAUAUUGAUGAUGGGUUUCUGUGAUUUAUGCCCAUUAUAUGGGCCACUAAAGUGCUUUUAAAAUGUUUUAAGCUUUGAGCAUUUAUAUCACUCCCAAAGAGGCCCAGUUUGGGUCACCCUCAGUUUAAGCCAGAGAUCUCAAGUAGAAUGGAAGGAGAAACUUGGAGAAAUUGUUGCUUCUUGUGGAUGCAGUUCCUUUGGAGAAUACUUGCAAAGGAAAAUUACACAUUUGAAUACAGGAUGUCCUCAAAGUCUUAGUGCAGUGUCGAUCUUUAAUAUAUUAACCCCACACUAAGACUUUGGGGGCACUUUGUAUUGUAAAGGAUGAAUGAAUGUGUAUUCAGUUGCCAAAGAAAUUCUUGGUAGAAAAAAUAGGAAUCCUUUACUACAAGAUUCAUGCCAAUUGGAAUUUGGCCCACUUUAACCUCCAAGUAUUCUCAUUUGUAAAAUGGAAUUAGCCUUCACCGGCCUGACAGACUUGUGAUAACAAGUGCUAAAUAAAACAGUAGUUAGGUAAAAUAUUUUUCCUUUUAAGUAAAGUUGAGUGGGAAUUUGUGGGGCAUAGGUGAUGAGUAAAACAUUUAAACUUUUGAUCAGAGACCUUUCCAUUUGACUUGAAGCUGCGUUGCUAAAGCCUCAUAUAUGUGUUCUCUUUCCUUAUUAGAAUGUGAACUCCUUGAGAGCUAGGACUGUUGUGUUUUUCUUUUUGUAUGUCUGAGCUCAGCACAAUGUAAGUGCUUAAUGAAUGCUUUUUCAUUUGUUAAUCAUGUUAUUUCAGUGCUUGUUUGGCUUGGUUUGUUUUGUCACUGGGUCUUUUCUGCAUCUUAACACUAGUGUUAUUGACAUGCAAUUGAUUUUUUACGAACAAAGAAAAAUUAUUGCGUAUUUAAAUUGUGAAAAAACUUAUAUUUUUGUAAUACAUCUUUAUAGUUUCAGAUUGUGUGUGUGUGUUUCUGGAGAAGGGAAGUGGUAAAUAAACUCUUUUAGGGGUAUUUUAAAACAA